GAACGCAGCCUAAGAGGAGAAUGGAAAGACUGGGUGAAAGACAGACACAAUAAACAGACGGAAAAUGUUCAACAAUCAGGCACAGUUUUAAAAAAGCACAAGGUUGCAGGCAAAAGAAUUGAGAAGAAUGAAUCCAGCUGAUUUUUUGGGUACUUAUGUUUGCGUAUUAUUCAUCGAGGAUUUUAAAUACGAUGUGGUGCAUGAGCGACAUAUCGAACGUUCCGCAAAGGCCAAGGCAAAUUCGCCAAAACCCCAGAAGGGAGAACUGGUAAAAGCUUCAGGCUAUUGUGCAAAAAUAUUUCGGAUCGGCACUGAAGAAGAAUGUCUUCAAGAACUAAAAAGGUUGGAAAAGGCUCUUGAUGUCCUUGAAAACAGCGACUUGCAAGAAACAAACAAGGAAGGUGUAAAUGAUGAUGAUGAUGAUGGCAAAGUUCUUGAAGACAGUGAAACUGAGUUUGAGGAUGAUGAUUUAACUAUGCUUCCUGAAGACAAAGAGAUUGAAGCAGAACAAAAAAGAGUGGAAACUCUGUUGAAGAAGAGAAAAUUAGCAUCAAUGGAGAAAAACAAACAUACUUCUUGCAACCAUGAGACAGAAAUCAACAAAUUAAAAAUACAAAUGAGUAACAUGAAUGAAAAAAUAUCAAUUUUAAUGGAUUUAGUAAAACAAAAGCCAGAAGAGGUUGCAGUGAGGACCCCAUUAAGAAAGGAGGAACCAUCUCUAGGGGAAAACUCGCCAAAAAACUGUUCCCCAGUGAUUUUCAAGGGCAUAGAUCUCACAUCUGGGCACUGCCCCUCAAAGCCGAAUCUAUUUGCAACACAGAAGUUGUCAGUUUUGUUCAAAAACGAAGAAAUGGAAACAAUGACACUAGAUCCAUCACCAAAAAGCGGAAAGGGCACUCUAGAUCCUGAAAGAAUAUCCAUUCUCUUUGAUGCUGUAAAUGCAGUUUAUGGAGAAAAGAAAACAGCAAAGUGGAGAGAGAGCAUCAACAAAGCGAUAAAGCAGAAAUGCCUUGACAAGCUAAAAAUUAAGCGUAAAACCUUGUUGAUUUAG